UUUACGUGGUGACGUGUACCGGAAGACAUGCCAACUACACGGUCUGACUGACAGCAGUUGCGCUAGCUGUGAAAGACAGGCGUUAGCAGUGUAUUAGUAUUAUUUAUUGUCAGUUUAUUAAACCUACAUGGGCUUUGCUGUCCUAUAUUCACGUUAGCGUCAAACAAAUGAGAAACAAGGGCGCUAGUGUGUAUUUAGCCUAGCUUGUCUGAGCUGUCACAGCUUUCUCACGCCAUCACCAUCAGGGACAUCUGCUGCUCAGCUCUUGCAUGAGGUUGCUGUCUGUUCACUGAAGCCAUGGCCAGUCCAGAUGAUCUACAAUUCCAAGAGUUCGAGGAAGCAGCAGAGCUUCUGUCUGCCGACCCGGGGGCCGCCACACUCAGUAUGUCUGCCUCAAACAACACCACUAAAGCCACAGCAGCAGCAGGAGGAGGAGGAGGAGGAGAGGACGUGAAACUAGACCUUUCAGAGGACGAGGAGGGCCAGGAGGAGAGCUCGGAGCUGUUAGGAGGACAGAAAGCAACUGGGGGCUUCUGGACCUUUGAGUACUAUCAGUCUUUCUUCAAUGUGGACACAAUGCAGGUGCUGGACCGAGUUAAGGGGUCGGUAAUGCCGUUACCUGGAAGAAACUUUGUCAAACACCACCUUAGGAGUAACCCAGAUCUGUAUGGUCCAUUCUGGAUCUGUGUGACGCUGGUUUUCUCAGUAGCGAUCAGUGGGAACUUGUCCACCUUCCUCAGUAAGAUGGGAGACCCUGCCUACCACUACAGACCACAGUUCCACAGAGUGACGAUAGCUGCAGUAGUCAUCUUCAUGUAUGCCUGGCUGGUGCCGAUUGGGGUAUGGGGUUUCCUGACCUGGCGGCAAGGGAAUGAGAGGCAGAUUGGAGGCUACUCCUUCCUGGAGACUGUGUGCGUCUACGGCUACUCCCUUUUCAUCUAUAUCCCCACCUCGGUUUUGUGGAUCAUUCCAUUUGAGUGGUUGCGCUGGACACUGAUCCUGGUUGCCAUGGCGAUCUCUGGCUCAGUCCUGGUCCUCACCUUCUGGCCCGUUGUCCGUGACGACACCAAGGUGAUGGCCGUGGCUACAGUUGCGACCAUCGUGGUUUUGCACACGCUGCUGGCUAUCGGCUGUAAGCUUUACUUCUUCCAGACGGGGGUCCUCGUACUAACACCAGCAACGGGCCCUACGACCCCCCCGAUUCACACGACACUGUCCACCCAACGCCACUGACCAACAGGAUAAAGGAGGAGGAGUGAAGGACGUGAAGGAUGUCUCUGUUGUGUUUGAAAUCACAUACAGAUAUAAAGCUAUGUGUAGACAGGCUGGGUGAGGCAGUGUUGAUUAUUGCCAUUGUGUAAUUUGUUCAGUAUGUGGGGAUGGGGGGUGUGUGUGUGCUUGUUAGUCUAAUUUAUCCUGCGGUUGUUGUACUGUGACUGAAGCAGCACUUUCUUCACUGCAAUAAUUGUACAUUUCUACUGUGAUGUUUCAGGAUGUGGUGCAUCUAAUUAGUCUAGAAUGGCUUCCUUUACACUGCGAUUCACCUCAUUUCAUCAGCAAGAACCAAGAGAGGAGAGAAACAGUAAGGCUUCCAAACCAAGUACAAUCAUAGAACCAUGCUGUUACUAGGGCUGUGUGUUGGCAAGAAUCUGGCGAUAUGAUACGUAUCACGAUACAGGGGUUGCGAUUCGAUAUAGUGCGAUUUUUAAAAUCUAAUUUUAGGAAAACAAUCCGCACAUAAUAUGAGUAAGAAGUCCCUGUAACAUCCAACAUCACAGCCCUCAGUUUAUAUUCACAACACUGCUAUCUAGCAGUUAGCGGUGCAAUCACAAAAACCAAUACAGUGUUUUUGAAAACCGACACAAUAUGUUUUUAGUAUAUUUCUAGCUGCUACCACUCAUUCCUGCCUACAAGAUAUCAGAGCGAUACGUUCUGAUAUCACAUCAGUAUCAGUAACUGACUUUGUUGCUUCAGCAAAAGGUGCUCAUCCAAGAUAGUGAUGACAAAGUAACUUGUUUGCGAUAUCGUGCUCCCCUCUCUAAAUCUGUUGAAACAGGAGUCCAGAGGUAGAUCGACCUGUUUUUGAGGACAGGUAAAAUGUGUGAUAAUGAAGCACUGUAGUGCUGUGGAGACGACCUAGAGUUAUUAGUUACCUAUAUUGUUUUCCAUAUGUAUAAAAAAUAUGUUGGUUUGGUAUAGACCCCAACAAAUCAUCAUCACAGCAUCAUGAUUUAGAUUUUUGAUUGGUUUUUCAGUGAAAACAAAAAUUGUGAGGCAAAAUUGAUCAUUCCUACUAAUCGUGAAUCUGAUCGCAAUGUAAAGUGAUUUUUUUUUUACCCUUAGCUGUACUUUUUAAGUUCUAAUUAGCAAGUGUUAGCAUGCUAAACCAAGAUGAUGAACAUGGUAAACAAUAUACCUGCUAAACAUCAGCAUGUUAGUAUUUUCAUUUUUUAUGUUAGCUUUCUAAUGUUAGCAUUAGCUCAGUUGUUUUAGUAGAGGCACACAGAGCUGCUAGCGAGGCUGCAGACUCUUGUUGCUUGAUAAAUGACAUGUUAAUUAAUCAUUCAGCAAAUGAUGUAAAAUUUCAAGAGUUAACAAAUGUUCAAAACUAAACGCUGGAUCCUGUGAAUGUAUUUCCAUGAAGCAGUUAGCUUCAGUCGCAGAUGUGGGAAAGGAAACCAUUCCAGAUGGUAGUGCAAGGUUAUGAAUAUGUUUCAAUGAACUAAGACUGGAAAAGGACUCCUGCUGAUGCACCGCACCACUCGUCCUACUCGUAAGAAACAUGACGAACUCAGCCUCUAACCCUCACUCACUUAAAUUACUUUAUUUACCUUAAUUGCAUUUAUUAUUUAUUGUAAAUUGAGUGAUAGGUUUAUGUCUGCAGAUUUAUUUAUUCCCUACUGUGAUGCUGUUAAUGGUUCUUUUUGUUAAUAAACUUAGAGUCUUACUCCUUAUUGUUUG